CCUCCUAGUCCUAGCUCCACUGGCCUUUUGCAAAGUGAGCAAUGCCGUCCGCGCUGCGUGUGCGGGACAGCCGUAGACCCAAAUGCAAGCUCUGGGCAGUUUGGGGGAGCGUCGGUUUCAGCAACAGCUCCCGACGCCGCUGAAACGAGCCCUCCGUACGGGCUGCAGGGGCGAGGCAAGACGCCCUGCAGAGGAACAAGUGGAAACGGUAGGAGGUUUUCCCUCCUGAGGCGGAGGAUGGCUGCGAGGGAUGAGCCCAGUUGAGAAAAGGCGUGUGAGGGAUGUCCCGUUAUUCCUGAGCUGCUGCUGAAGGGGUGGAAGGUUUUGUGCCGGGCUUUUCCUUGGGAAGUGGGGCGCCGGGGGGAUGUUUGCACCAGCUCAACCACGCACUUCUCUGCAUCUGCUCCAGGAUCCACCCAGUCUGUUUAUCCCGGAGGUUUGGUGAGGGCACUUUAUUGCCCCUCUGCUCCGCCCCACCCGUUGCUCUCAGUGUGUGUGCCGGCCUGAAUGCGUCGUCUAGACAGUUGUACUUUUCUCUCUUCUCUCCUCCUUUCCGGGGUCUCGUACGCAAACCGUGCCAGUCCCAGCUGCCCUGCCUUCUCCAAAGGAGCGGGUGCGCCUUGUUAUCUGGGGAAGAUACAACCACCACCGCCAAUGGAACCUGUUUUGCAACGGGCGCUUCGGCUGCCGGUUCUUCGUGGGGCAAAUAAGCCACUCAUCCCGCUGUAUUUCGCUGGACGCGUGUGAGGGCGCCCACCUUUCCAGGAUCUUCUGGAGGGUGACUCGAACGCCGCCUUUUGCAAGCUCCGAUGUCACUUUCUAUCUUUUGCCCGAGUCACUUCAGUGUACGUGCGGCUGUUCGUCCACAAAGGGGGACGCGGUCUCCUCAGUCCUCUGAAAGAAGACCAUCUUGCUCGAAGGUGUCUCAUUGAAACUACAGAAUUCCCUCUUGACUUUCGAGGAACAGUCGAACUAAGGCUGAAGAUCGUCGCUCCGUUUUGCUGGGCGGUAAAACUGCUAGAACUCUCCUUUGCUCCCUGGCUAUCAAGAGGCACGGAGGGAGGGUGAGUGAAGGGUUUUGUUGGCCUCAGAAUGCUCCACUCCAUCUUGGGGGACUCUCCUUUCUUCUGAACAAGAGCUGGCAGAAGAAACUUUGGGAGAAGGAAGGGCUGACUUUCUCUUUACACAAAAGCUCUUGUUGCUGGAUUCUGAAGGCUGUUUGACUCCCCUGAGACUCAGUUGCCUACCUGGCCCAGCAAUUGUAUUGGUUAAGGAAAGGGGUUAUUUAAGGACCCUCAGGGAUUGGGGACAGAGACUUCAAGGGAUCCUUGCCUCAUUCCUCUUCAGUGGUGCUCAGAGGAAGCUUGAGGAUUUUCCCAGGAGAUACUUGGAAGCUGCAUCUUUCUUGCCGUGACAUCAGGAAGAAACUUUGCCCACCAAAAUGUCCAAAGUGGUGGCUUCCAGUGGAGUUGGAACUUCGGCAGCAUCAGAAGGUUGUGGGGUAGGGCAGGCUGAAGACCUCUCUAAGGUUACUGAUGAGGAGCUGCUGAAAUGGAGCAAAGAAGAUCUCAUUCGUAGCCUUCGUAAAGCUGAGUCAGAGAAAGUGAGUGCCAUGCUGGAUCAUAGCAACCUCAUCCGGGAGGUCAAUCGCCGCCUGCAGCUCCACCUGGGCGAGAUCCGGGGGCUCAAGGAUAUCAAUCAGAAAUUGCAGGAAGACAACCAGGAGCUGCGAGACCUUUGUUGCUUCUUGGAUGAUGACCGGCAGAAAGGCAAAAAAGUAUCCCGUGAAUGGCAAAGGCUUGGCAGGUAUAGCGCUAGCAUGAUGCAUAAAGAGGUUGCCCUAUAUUUGCAAAAGCUGAAGGAACUGGAAGUAAGGCAGGAAGAAGUUGUGAAGGAAAACUUGGAACUGAAGGAGCUUUGUGUCUUAUUGGAUGAAGAAAAGGGUGGUGUUGCUGGCUGCCGAAAUUCAAUUGAUAGUCAAGCCAGUCUUUGCCAAUUAAAUGCCACAAGUACAUUCAUAAGGGAUGUGGGAGAUGGGAGUAGUACCUCCAGUACCGGGAGCACUGAUAGUCCUGAUCACCAUAAGCAUCAUUCAAGCUCAAGUCCUGAGCACCUCCAAAAAACAAGGAGUGAAGGAAGUCCUGAGCAUCAAAAGCACCGGAGUGCUAGUCCUGACCACCUCCACAAACCUCGUAGUUCUGGAAGUCUUGACCAUCAGAAGCAUCUAAAAGGACCAAGUCCAGAACAUCAUAAAACCCUAACCAAAGGUACUUUAGAGCAGCAGAAGCACAGUUGUAGCAGUCCAGAAACACUGCCAAAGCAUAUGUUGAGCGGGAGCCCAGACCACUUUCAAAAGCAUAGGCCUGGGAGCAGUCCAGAACAUCAAAAGCACAGCAGCAGUGGAAGCCCUGAACUUCUUCAGAAGCAUGCUCUGAGCGGAAGCUCAGAACACCUCCAAAAAGUGAGGGGCACUAGUCCUGAGCAUCUGAAACAACAGCAUUAUGGGGGAAGUCCAGAGCACCUCAAACAUUUGGGCAAUGGAAGCAGAGAAGGAACCUUAAGAAGACAAGUUGCAGAUGAUCUGUCACCCCACCAUAGGGGCCCCUACAAUGGGAUGAAUGAUUUCUGUUCUUCAGAGAAACUCAGGAUGAUUUUUCUGGGCUUGACUCAUUUUAUUCCUGCAAUCAAAUAGGAUUGGGUUGACAUCAGCUUGGUCUGGGUCACUUAUGGACCAUUGUGCUUGAGCAGGUAAUCUCCAGUAGCCUUUAAAACUCCUGAUGCACCCUAGGAUAAAGCAAUCAUAAUUCUGUAAACACUUCUUUUCUUGCUCCCUUUCUAAUUCUUCUCUAAGUGAUGGCGAUGCCAGGUCUUCCCCACAACAAGGAAGAAUGGGUGGAGGUGUCAAGGAACAGAGAUCAGUCUGAAAAUGCUGGGACUGCUUUAUAUAUUGCCACACUUAAAGCUCUUUUGACUAUUUGUGUUGCUUUACUGAGCAAGGAUUUGGUUCUUAGGGAUUUGGUCCUAAAUCAAUGGUCCUCACCAUUUUGGGCUACAUGGAUCGCCUGUGGUAUGCUGCAUGGCAGAGAGAGGAAAUGGGUUUGCACACUCAAGUCAUCUCACACAUGCACAAAUGAAGCUUUGUGUGCUUACCUGCCUUUUCAUGGCCCGAGUCUCAAUGGGCUGCAGACCAGUACCAGUCCACAGCCAGGGGGUUGGGGACCCCUGCCCUAAAUGACAACUGAGUUCAAUUGCAGUGACAUUGGAUUUGAGAGUCAACAUUUAUAUUUUUGAGGGGGAUAUUCUAGAUUUUUUUCUCCUUUUGGUUCCAGGUCCUAGAUACAAUUAAAGGUGUCUAAGGAUUAUUUAUUUCCAGAUUUUAAGAAACUGUAUAAAACAGAGCUAAUUCUUGUUGAGAACUGUUUUCCUAAGUGAGUAAUCUGUAGAAGUUGCUUCAACUAUCAUAGUGGACAGGAUAGAAGCAAUGGCACAGCCGAGCCCCAUUUUGCUGCUGAUUCUUUCUCCCUUCUUAAUCUCUCUUUUGUCCUCCUCACUUUUUGGUUU